AUGGAGCCGGAAAACGAUCAGCCUACCCUUUCUGAGGAGUGUAUUAGGGAAAAGACCCCCGAAACAAUGCAACUUCCUGAAGGAUACGAUAUUGGACACUACUUCGAAUACAUUCUCCCAUACGAUCUUGGCGAUGGGAAGACAGAAUACACAAGGAAGCUCCCCAUCGUCCUGAUACACACAAAGAAGCCGAAAAACGACCAGCCUACCCUCUCUGAGGAGCGCAUGAGGGACAAGACCCCCGAAACGCAACUUCCUGAAGGAUUCAAACCUGAUGGGUCCUGCGUAUACAUUAUCCCAUUCGAUCAUGGCGAUGGGAAGACAGAGUCCUCCGACGCAGGUCGUUGA